ACAUAACCUCCAAUUCCUGCCAGACGGCUCCCACACGGAGUAUACUUUUACCUUAUAAUAUUCCCCCGGGAGGCUUUGGCCCAUGUCCUCUUCAACAAUGAACGCACCAGCAAGGCAUCCGCCCGCACACAUGCACGCUGCAUCUACCAGCGCAAUCAUGAACCAGACCAGAGAAGAAAAGCACCAGCAUCAACAAUCACAAUCAAUAUCCCAACCUCCACUAGAAAGAUCGACGGGAUUACGGGUCCCAUCCAAUCGCAAGACGAUAUACGAUCGGAAUCUGAAUCGCAGUCGCAAUGCGGAAUCGAGCAGAGCAAGCUUUGCGUACUUGUUCGCGGAGAUGGUUACAUACGCGCAGAGACGAGUGACAGGUGUCCAGGAUUUGGAGAGACUUCUCAACGAACAAGGUUAUCCUCUCGGCCUUCGACUGCUUGAUCUCCUACUAUACCGCACCCUCACAACCUCGUCCUCCAGCAGCUCUUCCACCCAGUCAAUCCGACCCCUGCGCAUAAUAUCUCUUCUACAACUCAUCCACGGUCCCCUCUGGCGCCUUCUUUUCUCCCGUCCCGCGGAUGCCCUUGAACAUUCCGUCUCUCCCGAUACACCCAACGAAUAUAUGAUUACUGAUAAUGAUCCGUUGACAAAUAUGUAUAUCUCUGUUCCGCGAGAAAUGGGCCUGUUGAAUUGUGCCGCGUUUGUAGCGGGAAUUAUAGAAGGAGUGUGCGAUGGGUGUGGAUUUGAGGCCAAGGUUACGGCGCAUAACCAGGGGAAUGAGAUGUGGCCCAGCAGAACAGUUUUUUUGGUGAAGUUCGGGGAGAGCGUGAUGGAGAGGGAGAAAAUGUUGGAGAGGGCGGGAGUGAAGUAGGUAUGGUUCAAGAUUUUAGAAACGGGCUGAAUGCUGUUUAUUGUUUCCCAGAGGGCCCUAGAUAUAAUGUGCGGAGCUGGGAAGGAGUUCGCUUCAGGAUCUCAUAAAGGGCAUAUGUGGCGUUUUGUUGGGCUUUCGUCAGGUAAUGGAGGAAGUGGAUAAGAGACACCAUCAGAUCUAGUGGACAUUCUUCAGGAACUUCCACAUAAUCAACGUCAUAGAUAUUUAUACCUCUGAGCAGGUGUAUUACCCGUUCAGUUCGGAAAAGAGAUAUGCUGACAUACAUCUACCAAUUUGCCUCAUGUUUUGAGAACUUGAGCUCCAUCCUGAAACGCCUUGCAAUGCAACCAUGGGUACAUGUCAUAUAUGAAUGAGCCUUUUGAAAAAAUCAAAAUGCAUCUUACGCCGCAA